GGGACUUGAUCGUAAAUUUAAUUAAAGUUGAAGGGUGGUCUCGUACUCAUAUGUCGCACUUCACUGUCGACCAUCUUUACUCCAUACCGUAAAAUUACAGAAACUCAACCCAACGAAACCGCCACCUGUUUCCCGCUUUCUAAUAUUUUUCCCGGAAAGCGAGAGAAAAUCAGUUAAGGAAAGGAGAAAGAAAGAAAGGUCGAUAAAAUAGGGUGAGUGAGAGAGAGAAGAAGGAGAAGGUUUCGGUAAUGGCAAACCCAGAAGCUGAGCGACGCCGACUCAGGGCGGGAGCGGCGGCACCGGCAGCGAGGGCGAGGGUUCCGUUGCGGAAGCUCCUACGGGUGUCAUCUGUGGCCUGUGGAAUUCAAUUCGGCUGGGCUUUGCAGCUCUCUCUUUUGACUCCUUACGUGCAAGAACUGGGCAUUCCGCACGCCUGGGCCAGCGUGAUAUGGCUUUGUGGGCCGUUGUCGGGCUUACUUGUCCAGCCUUUAGUGGGCCACAUGAGCGACCGUAGCUUAAGCCGUUUCGGUCGUCGGAGGCCCUUCAUCUUCGCCGGAGCUGUAUCGAUCAUCAUCGCUGUUCUGAUAAUCGGCCAUUCCGCCGACAUCGGGUGGUUGUUCGGCGACCGCGGCGAAGUUAGGCCCAGAGCUGUGGUUGCUUUUGUGUUUGGGUUCUGGAUUCUUGACGUGGCCAAUAACAUGACUCAGGGUCCUUGUAGAGCUUUGCUCGCUGAUCUUACUGGGAAGGAUCAUCGAAGGACUCGAGUAGCAAAUGCAUAUUUCUCUCUGUUCAUGGCUGUUGGUAACAUUCUUGGUUUUGCUACUGGAUCAUAUAGUGGUUGGUUCAAGAUUUUUCCUUUUACACUUACCUCUGCUUGCACUGUUAACUGUGCAAAUCUCAAGUCAGCUUUCUUUCUCGACAUUGUGUGCAUUACAAUUACUACACUUCUCAGUAUAUCUGCAGUUCAGGAACUGCCACUCGGUUCAGGUGACAGAACCAUGCUCUUUUCAGAAGAAAUGCCUGAACCAUCAGAUCCUUCUCAGGAAACUUUUCUUUGGGAACUUUUUGGUACGUUUCGAUAUUUCUCAGGACCUGUAUGGAUAAUCCUUACUGUUACUGCUCUUACCUGGAUUGGAUGGUUUCCAUUUCUUCUAUUCGAUACUGAUUGGAUGGGUCGAGAGAUUUAUGGGGGUGAGCCAAAUAAGGGGCAGAACUACAGUAUUGGAGUUAGAAUGGGUGCGCUUGGUCUUAUGUUGAACUCAGUUGUUCUCGGAAUAACAUCAGUGCUUAUGGAGAAACUUUGUAGGAAAUGGGGUUCUGGUUUCAUUUGGGGAGUCUCAAACAUUGUCAUGGCUCUUUGCUUCCUCGCAAUUCUUGUUGUUACGUAUGUUGGCAAAAAGAUUGGCUUUAUAGGCCAUGAUUUACCUCCCAAUGGUAUUGUGAUUGCUGCACUGAUGAUUUUUGCAAUUCUUGGGUUUCCAUUAGCGAUCACAUAUAGUGUUCCGUAUGCCUUGGUAUCAGCACGUAUUGAGGCUUUGGGUCUUGGCCAAGGGUUGUCAAUGGGCGUCUUGAAUCUGGCAAUAGUAAUCCCACAGGUAGUGGUGUCCAUUGGGAGUGGACCAUGGGAUCAGCUAUUUGGAGGUGGAAACUCCCCCGCCUUUGCUGUAGCAGCACUUGCAGCUUUUGCCAGUGGACUUGUGGCCAUCUUGGCUAUUCCUCGAUCUGGUGCUCAGAAGCCUAGGGCCAUGACAUGAGGCAUUUGAUCCAGACAAUGGUGGACACCCUACAGUUUUAGAAAUUGAGAGGACAAGGUAGAGUCAUGAGGCAAUUCUUUUUCGCCACAUGCCAGCAAGUCAAAUGUAUUGAUGUAACGGCUGUCACCAGAUGCUAGAUGAGAAAAGUAAUCUAAAUUUUGUGCAGAAUUUCUUCGAAGAAAAUCACUUCCACCUGCUUGAAACGUUACUUUUUGGGUCAUUGCCUUAGAAAAGCAAUCGAGGCCUCAACCAUAGAUUCCAAAAUUACUCUACGACUACUUCCCUACCAACCAAGAUAAGUUGCUGCGUUUAGAAAUUAUUCUGUAAUUGAAAUAUUAUUUCUUUAAAGGAAAAUUAGAUUGUGCGUAGGUGUUUUCACCAUGAUGUAUGGGAAUCUCAUGCAUUUGUGCAUGAAUUUAUUGUAUGAAUGUAGUGAAAUGUGCUUGGUGGCCAGCAGUGAAUAUGUGAUUUGUACUGAUUAAAACCUUGAUAGAGACAUGUCCUUUAUGCUGCGAUAUUAUCUUUCAUGUAAAACUUUUGUAUUAAUUAUGAGUGGUUUUUUCUUCA